UUAUACAGAGCUUCAGACUACCUACACCAUUUGCAACCAAUGUUUACUUCAAUGAAAUAUAUUUAAUGUGUUUUAAUGUCGAAUACACUUGUUCAUGCAUUAGGGAUUUUCUUUCCUCUCGGACCGUGGUCUUCAAGCUAACUUUGGAGCGACUUUAUUAAACUUUAAUUGACUACAGACUGGUAUGUUCAGAGGAUACAAUUACCUGGGAAGUGAAUCACACCUUAGGAAGACGAUGGGAUCAGGACAAUUAUCCCGCAAUAAAGGGGCAGGCUCUUGAUAAAAAUGAUUAAAGAGGUCUUGCACUACUGGACUCGGCCACAGAAACCUUUCAGUUCGUUGACCAAGGCAUGUGCCGUUUGGUCAGCUGAAGUCGACCCUCACGUUUCACCUGCCUUACACACGCGCUCUCCUACGCACGUAUCUUGGGGACUAUAGAUAUACAAGUAUCUGACUUCCAUCUUUGGAGUAACCUGUGCCGAGAUAUAACGAAAUUGGGAAUUCUCUUCAUGGCUAAUUUUCAUGGCAUAUUCCGAAUGUUCUUGGGUUAGUGUCAGAGGGUAUCCGGAUAUCAAACAAGAACGGACAGACUAUUCAGAAUCUCCAUACGAAAGCACCGAUCCCCCCGCCAACGGUUCUGCCGAAUCUUCUGCUCGUCGGGAGCAGGGUAUGCUUAAUUUCCAGGAAAGCAGCCCACUCUUGCCAAACGAAGAAGUUGAAGUAUUCUUUAAUCAUCUGGACCGACCUAGCGCCACUGAAAACUCAACCACGCGAGACGCCGGAGAUAGUGAAUCUUCCAAGCUCGACAGCACUCAGCAUCAGUCCGACACCAUGUUUCAGAACAGUAUGCAUGCAAUGUCUCUUCCUACCGCAACCGCCCCUACAUACCACGAGACCGCGGGGGCCAACAGCUUUAUGCACGCGGGGUCCAGUCCCGUGUAUGUUCCCACUACAAGAGCUAUGCUUCCAAUGCAAUAUACCUCCGGGCAGCCAUCUUCAACCCCCAGCGGUGGGUCGUCGAUGUGGAUGCAGCCCGACCCCUCAUACACUACCCCCAAUACACACCCCUCCGUAUCACCGAGGUUUGCCUUCGCCCCCUCGCCCAAUUCUCCCAUCAGUUCCCCCACAGUGAGGGCAGACCAGGCUGGAUUUAAUGCUCCUUUACGACCCAGCGGCAUUAGCCCGUAUUCUGCCUGGAGUCCGGAGCUGUCAUGGAACUACAACAUGGCGCUGCAGCAGGGACUCAGAAGACCGGGGACAGAUGGACAGGACUAUUUCGCGGAUUUGGAGGGUCGGGAAUGCGUGAACUGCGGAGCAAUAUCCACCCCUCUAUGGCGUCGGGAUGGGACCGGUCAUUAUUUGUGUAACGCCUGUGGAUUAUAUCAUAAGAUGAAUGGGAUAAACCGCCCCCUUAUAAAACCACAAAGACGAUUGGGUGACUUCGGCGAGACUUAUCCGGCCACGCCCCCUUAUCAAUCAGCUGAUCCUACACUUCAGGCAUUCGGGCCUUGGACCACUGGUGCAAAAGGACUGGGAAAAUCAAGAUCGGCAUCCAGAAGAGUAGGUCUGUCUUGUGCUAAUUGUAGCACCACCACGACAACAUUAUGGCGUCGUAACAACGAAGGGGAACCAGUUUGCAACGCAUGCGGACUGUACUACAAAUUGCACGGGGUAAACAGACCCCUAGCCAUGAAGAAAGAUGGAAUUCAGACACGAAAAAGAAAACCCAAGAAUCUUGCCAAGAAUAAAAACUCCAGCAAACAGGAAUCUAAUGUAGAUGUAAAACCAGCCGUUUCGCCCAACACACUAAACAACAAUUCCCCAAAUCAGAACAACGCCCUGGCAAGUUCCAUUAAUAGUUCCAGUGUGAUGGGUCAUAAUUCUUCAAUGACAACCCUCACUUCCGUCGGGGCUGAUCACGAGAGCGGGUUGGGUAGUCCCGUGAACUUAGCUUCCGUUCCACAUUAUUCAUCCCCAUCACCACCUAAAGCUGUUCCGGUCAAAAUAGAAAAUGACAGUCUCCAUGGACACGGUGGACCUCUACAUUCUGACUCCGGGUCUCUAAGUACUGUAACAGUAGGAGCAAACUAACGAAGUGUAUGAGCCGAAUCUCGCAACAUUACAACGUAGUCAUACACGAUACAACUUUUGACAAUAGAAUUUAUAAAUUAUAAUAUAAAAAUAAAGGUUUAUAUGUUAUUUUCAUAUCAUGUAAUCUUAUUGUUGGUUCUAGGGAUUACAUUUAUUUUACCUAGAAAUUGUUGAUUGUCUCAUAUUUUCUAUCGUUCAGAAUGUGACUAUGUAUAAAAAUGUGUCUUUUGAAAUAUGAUAUAUUUGAAUGUAUUUGAAAUGUAUGGCAAUUAAGCAAUAUAUUAUAUAAAUAUAAAUCUUCUGAAAUAUCCAGAUUUACACUACAUACUACACAUCAAUGUAGCAUGCCAAUCAAAAUGUGAAUAACUGAACAACUACCUCACAAUAUGAAUACCGUGUUCAUGUGAACAGUUUAAUUUCAUUGACGAUCCAUUCUUACAAAUGACUUACUAUUCUUGAAUUAUGUACUAGUAUAUCAAUGUGUAUAUGAUUCUAUACAGGCGAUACAGAAAAAUAAAAUCUCCUCACCAGGUUUCAUUCCCGGUGAUCCUACUCAAGAACAAUAUAUACUUGAAUCCCAUUGACUUAAACUCUGAAAGGAUCUUGCCUCUCCUGUCACGUGAUGUAGUGAAUUUCUGAGGGUAUAGAUACUCGCGCGAGAGAACACCAAGGUGCUAUGUUUACGCGUGAAUUGGUUUGCCAUACUUUAUAAAAAGCUAGUCGACGAUCAGAAUAUUUCUGAUGUUAACAAUUUAUCUGUAUUCUUUUGCGGUAAUCUAGUUAGUAUUUUGAAGUAUGUGGUGACUUUUUUAGUUGUGCAUAUCAAAUUUCAAUGAAGUAGAUGUACAAUAUUAUAGUAUAAAUGGGGCCAAUUGGGAAUACUAAACCAUUGAUUACUGCAAUUAGUACUAAAGAUGAGUGUUAGUUGUUUGAAGAAAAUAACUCAAAUCUUGCCAUAUUUACUAUGAUUAAAUAAAAGUAAACUCAUU